AUGGACAACAAGGAAGUAAUUAUCUCUUUUAAGAAAAGCAAGAUUGCUAAGAAAAAAUCAUGCACGAGCAAUCAUCCAUUGAGCCAGCAUCAAAGAAUAUACAAAGUGUGUGAGAAAGAAGGUUUUGAGUGGAAAUUAGCACGUGAAAUUCACCAUAAGAAUGCAACUCUAGAGACAGCAUACCUUUUUAGUUACGCCCUCGGUGGUCAAAAGGUCAUAAAAUUUGUGAUCAGCAUUCCAUUAUCUACCUGCAAACCACAAAGCAUGAAAUGA